AUGUGGGAGGUGCUGGGCGAGGGGGGUCCGCGGUUCGGGUUCCCGGAGGUGGCGGGCUUCCCGCGGGCGCCCAAGUUCGUGGGCGGCCGGCGCGAGUUCCCGUCGGGCGAGGAGGCGCGCAUCAACGAGAUCCAGGCCAACACCUUCAGGGCCUUCGUCAACAUCUGCCCCGACUUCAACACCAUCGCGCCCAUCAUCACCGAGGAGGACAAGCGCAACAAGGCCCAGCUCAACGACCAGAUCAAGCGACGAGGCGGCAGCUCGGCUCUGUCCUCCUCCGCCCCAAUGUCGCCCUCCAGUCACGCCAGCGGCCAGCAGCCCGCCACAGACGAACUACAAAAGUCUAAGCGAUCCCUGUUUGGGGGGAGGCGGAAGAGCACGAACGUGGAACAGCUGGCGGCGGUGGACCCGGGCGAAGCUGGGCGUACCACGGACAGAAAGACCUCGAAGAAGGAGAGGAACAACACCGAGCGCCGACGGCCGGGCGAGGGGCCGGGCUCCACCGCCAAGGGACCACUCAGCGUCCAGCUCUCCCCCGAGGAGGUGGCCCAGUACAAGGAGCAGAUGAUCAAGAAGUACGAACAGCAGCAGGAGGUGGUGGCCAAGUCGUCCCAGGGACUCGCGGCCGUUCCCGUGUUGGCUGGACCAGACGCCGGCCGAGGUGUUGAGCCCGCCGCCAACCCCUCCGCAGAUCCAAAGGGCGGUGGUCCCACCGCCGCCACUCUACUCGCCCCUAAUCACCCCUCCUCCUGGGUCGGUGCCUGGGCCUGGACCUGGGCUGGGGCCGGUGCCGGCGCCAGCAGCGCCGCCGCAGAUGGUGGUGGCCCCUUCGCCUGCGAUCGCCCCACCACCAGCUGCGCCACCGUCAUCAAGACGGUGGAGCCUCAAGAGCGCCUUGCGAUUGAGCUCCACCCGAGCAAAGAAGGUUCGUCCCUCCUCACCAUCGCCAUCACCAUCAUCUUCUUCUCCGUGGGCGGCCUCACACGUCUGAUCGAGGAUGACCCGGACAAUGCGCUGGAGAACAAGUACGGCAAGCACAUGGUGGCCAACCCGCUCAACGAGCUCCUGGACUACUGA